AGCAUGCGGUGAUGACUACGACGGCUCAUAUGAUCAGCUCAUCCUUACACUUGGACCCCCUUCUACCUCUACCAAAAGAUCUUCUCUUCACCUCUCACAAUUACCCUCUUUCCAUGAUUAACAAUCAUCCAAGAUUGCAAUUCCAGAUUUUCUUCAGAGUUUCAGAUCAAGCUUUUGAAUACUGAUGCUGAUGACUUGGUGAUACCUUUUGGAAGAAGAGUCAAUGAAAAUUUCUUAUGGCCAAUCAUAACGAAAUAUAAAGUCAGCUUUAACCCUGUUGGCUUAGUUACAAUGUGGACCUGUAAUUCAAGCACCAUUGCAGGCUGUGUCAAGUUGAAGGAUGAUCUUUCAAAUUCAAAUGCAGAGUGCUCAGAUGACGAUGCAUCCUUUGAUACCAACCGAGAAGAAGGCUUGGAGUGUCCAAUAUGCUGGGAGUCCUUCAAUCUCGUUGAGAAUGUCCCUUAUGUGUUAUGGUGUGGUCACACUCUGUGCAAGCAUUGUGUGCUGGGUCUCCCAUGGGCUGCUCUGAAAUUUCCCACUCUUCCGAUCCAGCUUCCAUUCUUCAUCUCCUGUCCAUGGUGCAAUUUUCUCUCUCCUCGGAUGAUAUACAAAGGUGCUCUUAGAUAUCCUCGGAAAAAUUACUUCAUCCUCUGGAUGGUCGAGAGCAUGAAUGGGGAUAGGACAAGGUCUUGUGCAUCUGGCCAUGGGGAAUUUCGUCAACCAGGUUCUUUGAAUGGAAGUACUGGUAUGUCUACCCAUUCCCAUGCUAGAUCCCAUCGAGAAAUUCAACAAUCACCAGAUGGGGCAGAGCUUAAUCACAACAGCAUUAGCUAUUUACGUCAGUAUUUCAACAGAGAGAGACUCAGCAUGUCUCUUCGUAAGUCCUUGGCAUUCAUAGUUCACUUGACCGCUAAAUUUCCCCUUGUGGUAUUAUUCCUUCUUGUCACCCUUUAUGCAAUACCUGCAAGUGCUGCCAUUUUGGCUUUGUAUCUUCUCAUCACUGUUCUAUUUGCUUUUCCAUCUUUCCUUGUGCUCUACUUUGCAUACCCCAGUUUGGAUUGGUUAGUUAGAGAAAUUCUCACCUGAGGGUUAAAGUGCUCUCUUUUCUCCUGCAUUCUAUACCUAUGAACAGUAGAACUUGCCUUUUCUGCAAGCCAUUAAUUUGACGACCACACCCUUUCUGAAGUGUCCAUGAAGUUUACCUGCCUUCCUCUGCAGAAUGUUAAUGAAAAUGCUCUAUGCUGAAAACCUGUCUUCUUGAAUUUUGCACUGUGGUUCGAGGUUUGGUAUCUGUAAACCGAUGCGAGCAGGCCUAGCACUGGUAGAACCUUUGUGUAGCACUAUGAUAUAUAGGUAUAUGUUUAAACUUGCCUCAUAAUCAGCCAACAUGUUCUGCUCUUAUCUCUACUUUAUUGCUGCUGGCCUUGUCUAUCUUGUAAUAUAAACUAUGAUGAAUAUUCAAUUUUCAGUCAUUUGAUCACUCGUCUAAGACAGUUUGAGGAAUUACUCAUAUUACAUUGGUAAUCAGUUGUCGAGUUCCUUGCUGUGAAGAAGAGUAAUAUUUGACAACUUUCUAGGCCUGUUGUAUCGAAACAGUGUUAUGCUCCUGUAGAACUGUCACAACUCAUAACCUAGCUAAAUUUAGUUAUAUGAUUCUGUUUGAGGAACUGAUCUCAGAGAUUGGAGUGAACAAAAUUCCAAUCUCAGGUUUUUGUACCCUAUAUUCAAUUUAUCAGAACUUGCUCUGAGAUUGGACUGAUAAUCCCAAUCAGUGGGAGUGUUAAUUCA